AUGGGCGCGUGGAACCUCUUCCGUGUUCUGGGCGACUUGUCCCACGCCCUCUCGAAAUGCAUCCUCAUCUUCGCCAUCCACAGAAACCGCAGUGCAGAGGGUGUCUCCCUUAUUACCCAGGUGCUUUACGCUCUGGUCUUUUGCACCCGAUACCUCGAUCUGUUCAGGGAGAGUGUGCCGUGGAACAUCGUCUUCAAGAUCUUUUACAUCCUUUCCUCGAUUUACAUUCUUGCUAUUAUGCAAUGGAUCUACCCUCGAUCCCGCGAGCGUGAGAUGUCUUGGAAGAUCGGUGCCGUUAUUCUUGGCGGCUCUUUCAUUCUGUCGCCUAUCGUCAUGUUCAUCUUUGAGGGUGCUGAGCAUCGAGGUUUCCAGACUUGGAUGUGGGUGUUUUCCCAAAUCCUCGAAUCCGUCUGCGUCCUCCCUCAGCUUCUCCUCCUGAGACAGACAACCGUCCCCACCGUUAUCGACUCCUUCUACCUCGUCGCACUCGGCUCUUACCGCGCUCUUUACUGCAUCAACUGGUUCAUCCGCGAAUUCGAAAUGCACGGCCGAGGCCCCAACGUCAUCUCCGUCAUCUUCGGUGUCAUCCAGACAGCUCUCUACAUCGACUUUGCCUGGGUUUACUACACCCGCCAGCGCGUCAAGCUCCGUGGCGGCGGUAUCGUUGACGCUGACGACAUGAGCCGCAGCUGGCUUCUCCGUCGCAUCUUCGGCAAGCGCUUCGUCAACGACGAAGACGAUGACGAGGAGAGCGGUCCUGGUGGCUUUGACGAUGACCAGGGUGGUAACAGGCGCGGGGCUCGUCCCAAGUGGGGAGCUCGUGGUAUCUCAGUCAGCGCAGACGACGGCGUUCUCGAGCAGGAGCGACACAACCGUAACCACGACGAGUUCGGUGGCCCCGUUGACCCUGAUGCCAAGACGCAGGAUCCCGAUGAGCUUGCGCGCGCGCUCGACGACGACGAAGACGAGAACACACCUCUACGACCCGGUCAAACAGAAGGUCAACCCAGCGGUCUCCAGGGCGGCGAGGGUUGGCGCGACUAA